AUGACAAGAAUUAAUUCGUAUGGCCAAACUAUUGGUGAUGAAGUGUCUGGAUGGCAUGCUAGAAAAUUGCCAGAAAACUGGUGUUUUAAGGAAAACAUUGUCGAUUGGAACCAUUGGACGUCGAAAAGCAUGGAAAGGACCUCCAUGAUGCCUAUUUCAACGCGGCAGAUGAUAGAAUGUGGACUUACUUACCCUUGGGACCCUUGGCAACUUUGCCGAAUUUGCAGAAUCUGCCAUCAGCCUUUCUACGAAUGACGCCGUUGUUCACUAUGCCGUGGUGAAUAAAACAUCUAGACGGGCCAUUGGCAGUGUGGCAUUGAUGAGGUGUGACCCCCAAAAUGGCUCCAUCGAGAUAGGCUAUGUGAUGUUCUCCUCGCAGCUACAACGCACAGUCAUGUCCACAGAAGCCCAGUUCCUGUUGCUCAAGUACGUAUUUGAUACUCUCAAGUAUAGAAGAUGUGAGUGGAAAUGCGACAGUCUCGAUAUUCCGUCGGGGAAUGCUGCCCAGCGGCUGGGCUUCAAAUUCGAAGGCCUCUUCAGACAGGCUGCCAUUUACAAAGGCCGUACUAGAAAUACCAAUUGGUAUUCCAUUGUUGAUUACGAGUGGCCAACCGUCUCACAUGCUCUUACAUUAUGGAUGAGAGACGAAAAUCUACAAGACGGACAGCAGGUAGAGAGACUUGUCGACAUCAGAUCCAGACUGGAGAAAGGCUCAUGUUAAUAG